CCGUGCCCUCAGGUUGUCGGACCUGUGUGAUGAGGGUUUUAAUAAUGGCGUGUCCGACGAAGGGAACCGCUGCUCUCCACUUAAAUGUGGCAUCAGGAAACCACCUUUAGUCCCAGAAGAAGCUUUCAUCUUUGUUCACGGGAAAAUACGUACUUCUUGAGACUUCAUAAUGCCCCUCUAUUUCUCUCCACGCUCCUUCCAAAGUGUGUGAAAACUACUGGAUUGUUGCUGGAUACGCCGUGCCAUGUCUUUACUGUGUGUCAGAGUUAAAAAAGCAAAGCUCCAAGGAAAUCCAGACAAAUACAACACCUAUGUGACACUGAAGGUGCAGAAUGUCAAAAGUACAACGAUCACAGUGCGUGGUGACCAGCCGUGCUGGGAGCAGGACUUCAUGUUUGAGAUCAACAGGUUGGACCUUGGUCUCAUUGUGGAGGUGUGGAACAAAGGGCUCAUCUGGGACACAAUGGUGGGAACAGCAUGGCUCCCUCUCACUUGUAUACGGCAUUCAGAGGAGGAAGGGUCAGGUGAGUGGACCCCAUUGGAUGCCGAAGUCCUGAUGAAGGCGGAUGAGAUCUAUGGUACUAAGAAUCCAACACCUCACCGGGUCUUGCUGGACACUCGCUUUGAGUUGCCUUUUGACAUUCCAGAUGACGAGGCACAGUACUGGACGGGCAAACUAGAGCGCAUUAACACCAUGAGAAUACACGAUGAGGAUGACGUUCAAGGCCAUGCACUUCCACUUGCUGCUUCACAGUGCUGCAACUAUUUUGGAUGGGCUGAUCCUCUGACACUGGAUGACCCGGACAGCGCGGUCGAUGACCGGGACAGUGACUAUCGUAGUGAGACCAGUAAUAGUUUGCCUCCACGUUACCACACAACUGCUCAGCCAAACUCGUCGGUGCACCAGUAUCCAAUGAGCUCCAGACCACACCACCGUCCUGAAUCCUGCACGGAUUCGGUGCACAGCUUUGACUUGGACUACAGGGAACAGAGAGGAACGAGAUUAAACCAGAAGGGAAGAGUCCGUAUUAUUCCUGUAGACUCUGGGAUGGGGUUUGAUGAGUGGGAAACAAAGUACAAAGGGCGAGGCAAGCCUCAGCUGAGUGACUUCUUAGAUGAAGAUGAGAACAACAUUAUCCUUCGAAUGGGAAGGACUGAGCCAUCAACCAUCCUGAGCCACCAAAAUACUCAUGAAAGUCGUUUUCUGCCGGCCACCUACCCUCGUAGCUAUGAUACGAUUGAUCGUAGGCGAAAGAAAAAGAUUUGGGAUCCUCGAGGUUUGCUUAAAACGGAUGGAGACAAAACACGUGAUGCGUAUCCCUCUGACUCAGUAUUGUUCCAUGACAGAAGAGGGGAGAUGUUUAUGGAGCAGGUGAAACAGAUGCAAGAAGAAGAAGAGCGAAUGACUACUUGCCUGACGCCAUACAAAGAUGGGCUUCUCUAUAAAACUAGAAUGUGGGCCAAAAACGAACUUGAUAGCACUUUAGAAAAUUAUGUUGCGUACAAGAAGCAAGAAGAAGCUCGGAUACGGUCACGUUUCGAUUUUGAUCUUGCAGAUUCCGAUUCCCGUUGUGUAAGAGAGGAUGACGCUAUGGUUGAUUUUCCAAAAGAGGAUUUUCACCCAGAACACUCAUGGCAUUUAAAAGACAAGUAUUCUUACUCCUAUGAUGCUAUGGAGAAUUGUCAGGGUUUUCGAGAAAAAAGAUGUGGCAAAAACAGAAGUGGUGGCUGGAUUGGUGAAGCAGUGCUUUCUCCAGUGGAAGAACCAAGUGAUGAAUAUGUUGACCCCAUGGAUGAACUUCAAUGUCUUGUUGAAACUGUCUCAGAAUACCUGGCUGAAAAAGAAGAAGAAAUCAGCAAGUACGGUUCCCUUCCAAAAUCAAGUAAAUCCAGACUUUCGUCUCAAGCUAGCAUGAGAACAGAUUCCCUUGGGGAGGAUCCUAGUAGUUCGAAGGAUAAUAGAGGAGAAGACAACUCUAAGGCAUCUUCAAAUCAGGGCAUUACAGGGGUGAAAAAUGCAAUGAGCUCCUUGUUCAGCAAUCUCACCGACAAAGUUGGUGGAAGCCCUAAAGCAGAUGUCGCCCCAGCACAACAUACCAAGUCAUCACAGUCUGGAAUAACAAAGCUGUUCUCUUUUAUUCCCAAAUCUUCAAGUUCUGCGCCAGUUGCUGUUGUUUCUCCUGUAGAAACACCUCAAAAUGUAUUCACUAACUUGUCUUCUCAGCCAUUGCAAGAUGCCAAAACGCUAGUAAAUCAUUCUGUGUUGCAUCCUCCCUCUUCGGAUCCAAGUCAUAGCAGAAAGGCCUGCGACCCUCAGAAGGCUCCUGAAAGUACAGUAUUUGGAAAGUUGAAUCCAUUGAAACUUUUUUCAGGCGGUGAAAUGGCAAAUUCACCUGAAAAGACAGCAGCACAGUCAACUUUCCAUCACAACAUGCAAAAGAAUGAGAGCUCACUUUUCAAAGAUAAAUUGGUGGCAAACAAAGAAGUCCACAGGAUAGAGCAUUUUGAGCAUGUGUCAUGGGAAAAACAUGGGCAAAAUAUGGACGAAAUUGAAUGUGGAAAACAUAAAUUUACGAGUGUCAAUCAAGAAUUGGGGACAUCUGUGGUUCCUGAACGGCCAAAGGAUGUAAAACAAACAGAAAGCACCUUCUUUACCCCCUUCAAGAAGUCUUUGAGUUCAUUGAUCAUGCCAACUGCGGGUGCCCCAAUUCCACCUCAUGGCCCACCACCAGUUGCGGUUUAUCCAGUGUUCGGGCCAUCAGACAAUCCUGGAAAAGAUCAAUCCAAUGAAACAUCGUUCACUACAAAAGUCAAACCUUCAUUCCUCUCCUCACAAAAUGUUGCCGCUCCACCAUGUACAAAAGCAGAAGGAAAUUUGCGUUCAGGAUUUUUGAAGUUUACAUCCAGUGAAGAUGUCCAUUCUCCAUCAACCACGCAAAACAGACAACCAUCACAAAGAGACUUGACAUCAACGGACGCCUGUGUUCCAAGGAAGCAUGCUUCAUCUGGCUCAGACAAAAACACUUGCCCACAACUCCAAAAUACUGGCCCACACAUGCAGGGGUGCUUACAACCAAACCCAAAUGCACCUCUCCAUAGGGAACAACAUGCUUCCAAACAGCCUGAAACCCAAAGUUUUUUGACUGGUCUUUUUAAAGGUAGCUCUAAUGAGGAUGUGUCUGACCGAGGGUCUGGUCAACCUAAGCAAGGAGGACUUCUUUCUGGACUGCUUAAGUUUGGAUCUACCACUGACUUGUCUGGUAAUUCCCAACAGCAUGGAGAUCAACCAUUAAAGAAAACAAAUACUUCAGAUAUGCCUUAUCAAACCACUCCACAGCAAGCUGCACAAACAACUCAAAUGGGUGGCCUUUUUUCAGGGUUAUUCAAAUUUUCAUCUGCUGAUAAUUUGACGCAAAGAUCGCCCUCAGAAGCUGAAAGACAAGCAAACAUUGUCAAUCCACGUAAACCUGAACAAAUGCAUCCAGAGAGAGACGUGUUAUCUGACUUGCUUAAAUAUAAGUCUUCUGACAGUAUCUCUAACUCCCAUAUCAUGAAAAGCAACAUGGACCAACAUGGAGACCAGCACAAUCAGCAUUCUUCUAGUCAAGUAACAAAAAUCUCUAUGCAACAGUCUUGUCAAGAUUCCAGACGAAAGAAUCACUCACAAGACACAAAUAAAUCAGGCAUUCCCAGACAGCAAACUGUUCCUACACAGCAAGCACCAUCCCGCCAAGGUGGCAUCCUAUCUGGUCUGUUUAAAUUUACUUCAGCAGACAACAUAGACUCACAGCGUUGUGAGUCAGAAAGCAGUUCCGGAAAAUUAAACCGUGAUGCAACGAGAGUUCAAAAUAUCACUACUGACAAACACAGCUCUCCUCAAAGUAGUUCAAAUGAAAAAAAUGCUCAAGGGAAUCGACUUUUUGGAUUAUUCUCUUCCACAGAAGAUGUUAGUCAAAGACUUCAAAGUUCUAAAGAAUUCCAGCAACAGUUUGGAGGUCAAUGUAACCAGACUACUCAAACAGAAAUUGGCUCUUCGAGUCAUUCUGAUGGGCUCUCUGGUUUGAUUAACAAGUUUUCAAAGAAGUCAGAUGAAAAGACUUGCCAGACAUCAUCGAACCAAUUAAUGCAUCGCAAAACAAGUUCAAUAUCUUCACAAUGCGAAACACAGAAAUAUGCUGAAGAAAAGAAUUCACAAGAGCAUAAGGGAAGUGACCAUGAUUCAAAGCCAACCGUCCACCAAGGGUUUUUAUCUGGUUUGCUGUCCAAAAGAAUAGCUGAGGAUUCAGUUCACUCUAAACUACCUGCAGUGGAAGAGAAGAAGCAAUAUAGUACAACCUUGACUAAAUUGAAAAAUGUGUACUCAGAUUCUAACCUGGAAUUAAAAAGCGACAGGGAUUAUAGAAAUCCAGAGAAGAGCAGGCAUGCGUUUAUUAAUGCCCCUGUUUCAAUCGAUGCUGAAAGUUUAGACUUAAGAGUCUCUGCUUCUUUGUCCCGUUCUUUUCAGAGUCAUUCAGCGUACUCUUCCAGAAGUGUAGAUAAUUUAUCUCAAUUCCAUCAACAUCACUCAAGUUUGCAUAAUGCAACAAAUGCUCCAUUUCUUAGCCAAGCGAACAUUUCUGUAUUAAACGCAGACUUAUAUAAAGCCGGGAGCUCAACUUCCCUGUAUGAGGCACCAUCCAGAAGUCAGCUGUCACCUCAUGGUUCAAGUUCUUCCUAUGACGAAAACCAAUGGAUUCGUGGAAGUAUCAUCUGGCAACAGUUUCAGAAUGGAUAUAUGUAUCAAAACUUCUUUGAAGAGAAUCAAGAAAAUCUCCAAAAUGAAAUAAAUUUAUUUACACUCAGCAGAAGUUACUCAAACAAUCAACAAUUGGCUUCCAGUGAAACAAUGACAAGUGUGUUUGGUGAUCAAGCACAAUUAGAGUAUCAGUGGGAUGGAGACAGGAUACCAAAUGCCUUUCCCAAAAGAAGGUUGUGGAACAGUUACGAAGAGUUGAGACAAACAGAAUAUUCUGAUGCAGAUGGUGCUUUGAACCUAUCAACGAAACCAGAGAGUGGAAGGUUUGGGAAGUGGCUGCCAGGUAUUGAUGGUAGCACAUACAGCUUGAAUGGAGUUUCGUACCAUGAAGGUUAUUAUGAAGAACCCCCCCCAAGUCUGUCAUAUUCAGCCAACUGGCAACAUGGAAUUGAAAGUGCAGUCCCGAGUAAUUUGCACGCGGGUGGUGUGGUGAAUCAGAGUUCCAAUUUCAAUAAAAAUACAUUUCCUAAUCACCUGUCAAAUCCCAGUGUGGAGACAGACGACCAGCUAUAUCUUGAGGAUGCAGAGUGGUACCAACAGUGGUUGACAUUACUGGAACAAGGGAUGUGGUGGCCAGCCGAAGAUGGAGACUGUGGUUACUUUGUUUACACUGAUCACGAGUACAUAUACGCCUUGCUUACAGAUGCUGCCGGGGAAUAUGUCUAUACUUGUGCCCCUGAAGGAGAACAUUCAAAGAUUGAACAGGAAUUCCCCAGUGCUUUUCUUUACAAUGACAUGGUUUUAGUAUGCGGCUUUAAAAUUCCACUGUAUAAUGAAGAUGAGCUUCUAUGGUUGCCUGGACAUGAUCACAGUGAUUCUCAACUUCUAAAUGCACCAUUAGAUUUGUCUGCAGCUUAUAGAAAAGGGAAUCAGAUCAUGAAUUUAAACCUUGAGCAGUUCUCACAUAUGUUUGAAAGCUCUUUUUUGACACAAGGCCAACAAGGCAGGGAUUUAGCCUCGUACAGACUGAACAAAGUACGACUGGAUGGUCAGCAUCUUAGUUAUGUCCAGGAGGAUGACUCCAAAUACAUCAUUGACCUUUCUUCUCAAAACAAAGACCAGAUUGGGCCAAGCUGGAACAAUCAGGAAGUGAAGGCUCUUCUCUCUCACAAGGUUGCAGUUUCCCUGAACUCUUCUCCAACUGCAAAUCAACAAGUUCUUUACAGCUGUUACCGGCCUAGCCAGCGACGGCGUUCAUCCACUGGUGUCACUGUGAAGCAUGUUGAUGAUGUAUCAGAAGCAGACUGGAGAAAGAUGGUUUCUCCUGGGGAGCUACAACCUAAUCGUAAAGCAAAGCUGUCUUCCAUCUUAUCAACAUUUACUGAUGCAAAAUCACACAAUAAAAAUGUAGCUGUUAAUAAUCAAGCACAUGAUGAUAAAGCAGAAAGAAGUCCAAAGAAUAUGAUUUCUUCGGGUUUCCAAAGUCUGAAGUCAAAGUUUGCCAAAGAAGAAAAUGCCACUGCAGGAAGUAACUUAGAUAGCACCCACAACGAGGAUGUAGUCAAAGCACCUUCAAGGAGUGGUAGAAGUUUGCCUACCGCUCCCACAGCUACACAAGAUUCACACGCUGAUAUGCGGCCCCAAAAACCCAGGCUGUCUCGUCAGACAACUAUGGCACAGCAACACCCUCCUUUAAACAAGCCUGAUGUUAAAGAACCAUUAGAACCAAAACAUUCCAUAAGUAGCCAUGAACAAUUGGGAAUAACUGAUAAGCCUUCUGCCCAACCACCAGACAAAAAACCCCCACCGCAAGCACAAUCUGGCUUUAUGGGCUUUUUAAAAUCUGCUGUAGGAAUUGAAGAGGCACAGAUAUUGCCUCAAACGACUCUUCCUCAAAAUAAAAGUGGCAGCAGUAUUUCCUUACCUGAAACGACUACUACAUCUAACAAGGAAAACACAGGGGUGUCAAAUAUAUUUGGCUCCAUUACCAAUCUUUUUAACACCACCGAACCAGAGAAGCCGACAGUAAAAUCAGGCCCAAAUGAUACCUCAUCAUCAUCCAGACCAAAAGGUAUACAAAGACAAAAAACUAUUUCCCAAACAGUUUGUCCUGGUAAUGUGGAUAGCCAAACUGGGAAAAGCUUGUCAGAGAAAGGGCUAUCUGAGGACAUUUUAAAGGAAAGGUCUAAAGCGGCGGAUGGACUUUUUGGAUUUUCAAUAGGAGAAAUGUUGGGUGGUGGAACAAAGACUGUUCAUUCUGGAAAUGCAUCCCAAAUGACCGCCCCACAAGAAGAAUCUCUUGGUGGAAGUAUUUUAUCAAUUUUUAGUGGGCCAGACCAACCACAAAAUAAAAGUGAUCCUCAGGGGUCGCAACAACCUGAGUCAUUUAGCAAAAAUGUAUUGUCAAUGUUUGGUGUGUCAAGUCCUUCUCAGGCCUCUCAGUCACCCAAAUGUGCUACACCUGUCCAACCGCAAGAUACUCAAAGGAACCAACAACCUUCUGGUUUUCUCUCCAUGUUUGGUGGUACCAGCAAUCAACAAAGCCAAACACAAACUGGAUCGGUUCUCGGCGGAAUCUUACCUGGCACUUCAAAUCUAUCUGAAAACCCUGUCAAAGGGCUUUUUUCCAUGUUUAGCGAACCAAGCCAUCCACAGUCACAGGCAAAACCCCAAUCUCAACAGCAAAAAAUACCCUCACAUGCCCAGCCUCAUGGAAUACCUCAAGUACAAGGCAAGCCAAAGUCACAGAUUCCAGAGCAGCAAACCCCAUCUUUGUUUGGUGGAAUAUUGGGUGGCCUAAGCUCCUCUGAAGGCCAAGGCCAAAAUCUGUUUUCCAUGUUUGGCAGUUCCACUAUGCCAAAAACGUCAGGGACUGGGGAAAGAGUGCCCACCACUUCAAGACCAACAUCUGGUAAAGAAGCCUCCAAAAGUGUUUCUACCGAAUUACAAGGGGAAAUGCCAGUCUCAAAUGUUUCUGGAAAGGAACCACCUGGCGGAUCUUUAAAUAACAGUGCCUCUCAAAAGGAAUCUUCUUGUAGCCAUACCGCUGUCUCCAGUGACUUAUCAAGUGGAGUUUCUGAGACCCAAAGUGAGAUCGACACAAAUGCCAGCAAUAAUGAGCUGGUAGAUCACAAAUGUAAAGACACCACAGUCUUGAAAGGGACAAAUGCAGACAGUGUUCCUCAAGCAACUAGAGUUGGAAAUGAAACACCACCAAGGAAACCUGAGCUGUCUUCAGUAUCAGAAAAUGGUUCCAAGGGCUUGCUUUCAUUAUUUUCUGGGACAACCGUUCAACCCAGUGUCAAUCAGACAUGCUCAACAAACACAUCUACAACUCAGAAGUCGGACAACAAGGGUCCCCAAGGUAAAUCAUUGUUCUCAGUUUUCGGGAGUUCUGCCUCUCAAUCCGGUGCUCAAGUGGGAAGUUCUAUGUUAGGCGCUGUCUUUGGAGGAUCAUCACAACAAUCGGACACAUCUCAGGCUAGCGGAUCAAUAUUAGGCGGUUUAUUUGGAUCAUCUGUGACACAGAAUACGCCACAAUCUGCACCUCCUAAGAGAGAAGGCCCUGCUCCUCAAUCAGCAGGGCCUCAGACUGGUGCAGCAUUACUUGGGGGCUUGUUCGGUGGAACAUCCACCCAGUCCACUGGAAGUCAAGGUGGUGGUUCAAUUUUAGGUGGCCUUUUUGGCGGGCAAGUUUCUUCAAACGUAACCCAAAGGUCAACUGGAACUUUCGGAGGAAUAUUAGGCGGCUCGGUUGCUCAAUCAUCAGGGACUCAAAAUAGCAGUUCCUUAUUGGGAGGAAUUUUGGGCCGAUCAACACCACAACAAACACCUGUAAAUUCUGGUGUAUCUGUCAAAAACAAAGAGUCAUCAACAAGUGUGGUCUCAUUGUUGGAAAAGCCUACUCCCCCUGUUGGACAAAACAGUAAUAAUAGCCCAGAAUUAACUUCAGCUGUCUGUGACAAUAUUUUGUGUGGAGAUGUUUCACCGAAGCCUAAACAUUGUGCAGAAGAUUCUACAUCUGGUCAAGAAGCUGUCGUUGGUGGUUUGGAAAUCCCAAGCAGAGAAUGGACCUCAUGUCAUGCGAGUCUGACAACACCCAAUCUUGAAGCGCACCUCCCCAAAACAGAUGACAAUUCUGUUGUUUUGGAAUGUCAAGAUCCUAGCGAGACAGUUGCAUUGUCAGAUACAUUAGACACAAAGGGAAUAGUGGAACAAACAUCUGCUUGCAAAGAACGACUCAUUAAUCAAUCCCAUCAAGAUGCCGUGGCUAACAAUCAAGAAAAAACAGCCUUUCAAUCUUUAACUGAGCCUGUUGUCAAUGAGCAAGAGAAGCUUUUGGAGAUCAACAAGAAUUCAGCAGAGUCGGUUAUUGGCCCUAUUGCAACCCUUUCUAAACCAACUGGUGUUGGAACUGAAAGUUCACAGCAACAACAGAAAAUCCGUAAUUGUCAACUUGGGGAAAAAGCACAACAACCACCUUCUGGUCAGACAGGGACAUCUCUACUGGGAGGUCUAUUUGGUGGGUCCCACAGUCAGCCAGGCCCGUCCCAGACCGGCAGCUUGCUUGGAGGUUUAUUUAAAGCACCAGAAUCCCAACUAAAUGCUCAAACAGCUGCAUCAAGCACUGCAGGUUCAAUAUUAGGUGGAAUGUUUGGCGGCGGAUCAAGUCCAAAGUCUGCAGGCCCAGAAACUGCUGGAUCCCUCCUCGGUGGGAUGUUUGGAGGCAGACCUGCUGCUAGAUCUCCGGGCUCUGAGACUGCUGGAUCCCUUCUAGGCGGGAUGUUCGGGUCAUCUACAACAUCACAAGCUGGUGGCUCUGUACUUGGAGGAAUGUUUGGUGGUGUCACAGCUCAGGCUGCACAAUCACAGACAGGAACUUCGAUUUUAGGGGGCAUAGGUGGGUCGUUGUUUGGGGGAAUGGGCCCGAUAUCACAACCAUCGGAAUCCACUCCUGCAGAACGUAUGCCAAAAUCUGCUGAACCAGAUCUCUCAAGUGCCUCAUCAGAAGUAAUUCCCUCAACCCCUGCGAUUGCAGAUUCGACUGUGAGAAACAUUCCACCACAAAUAUCUGACAAAGCGCUUAGCAGUGGGAAUAAUGAAACUUCUACAACACUACCCAUUUCUGUGGCAGAUGGUACCUCCAGCAAUCUGAUCCCUAAAACAGAAACUGAAGGAGCAAAAGCAUCUGUCUCUGCGGAUAACCAUAUGAUUAAUAAAACUGACAAAGAAAGUACUGAUCAAGAAAGGUCUGCUCCGCCAAACAUUAUUCUCCCGGUGGAUCAAUCGAGCACCAAUUCCGAGCAGUCUCAAACAAAGUCUCUUUUUGGGUUCAUGUCUGCCCCUGGUGAUUCAGCAAAGUCUUUGGGGUCCUUGUUUUCAAUGCCAGCAACCCCCUCUUCAGGACCUCAGAAAGAUGCUGGAAGUUCCAUCUUUUCAGGAUUAAAAACAUUCUCUGGUGGACUAUUUCCAGAAGAAAAGCUGGGAAAUGCUGGGAAGCCGGAGAUGGUGUCCGCUUCAAUAUUAGGGACAAAACUAAGUUUCCCUUGGCAAGCUGAACCACCUAAACAACAACAAAUGUCGCAAACGGUAACAUCACAGCCCAAAACUGCCAUCAAGCCUGGAAGUGAUCAAAUUGCUCCUGUGCAAAGUAUCUCUACAUCUGAUUCUCAAAAAACAAAUUCGGUAGGUUCCCCAGGUGGCUUAGAUUCCCCCCAGAUACAAACAGAUUACGUUCUUGAAGUAGAUCUGCCAGCACCCUUGACCCCAAAAGAGAAGGAAACUGUUGUAGAGACCACCCCUUCUACAGGUUCUACCUCUGAAGUGCAGCUGGACAAGCAGUCCAAGAUGGAUCAUUUGAAUGCAAAAAGUCCUGUGGUGAGUAGUUGCUUUGGGUCAUCAGGAAAUCUGAGUCAGACCAGCUCCCAGUUAAAUGAGACCGGCCAGGAGAGCACUGCGGGGUCUGAACUCGAGGAGUCUUCCCAUUCAUACCAUAGUGCAGGUUCUCACCCACCUGCAAAUGUGGUAUCCGGUUUUAAUGGUCACUCUUCCACAAGUCGACAAACUCCAGUGAACGAGAAGGCUGGGAAAGACGAUGAGGCCAAGGCUGACACUCCAGCCGAGAGUGGAUUUACUAAACUCCAACGGUUUCGUGAUGACGGGCCUCCGUUGCCUUUCACUGCGUCGAGAGUACGGUGGCUCAAGGCUAUCAAUAAAGUCAGGGUCCAGCUGCGAGAGGUUAGAGAUGAAGAAACCACUGUACGACAUGCCUGGAUCAAGACAAGUGAUGGAUCAGGUCUAUAUGGAAUUGACAGCAUGCCAGACCUGCGUAAAAAGAGGCCCAUCCCCUUGGUCAGCGAUGUGUCUCUUGUUCAAGCCAGAAAAGCAGGAAUUGCAUCUGCAAUGGCGGCCCGGUCUUCAUUCAAGGACGAGGAGCUGAAAAUCCAUGUUUACAAGAAGACUCUGCAGGCACUUAUCUACCCAAUAUCUUGCACUACACCUCAUAACUUUGAGGUUUGGACAGCAACAACGCCCACGUACUGCUACGAGUGUGAAGGGCUGCUCUGGGGAAUCGCCCGGCAGGGCAUGCGUUGCUCGGAGUGUGGGGUAAAGUGUCAUGAAAAGUGCCAGGAGCUGCUAAACGCUGACUGCCUGCAGCGUGCUGCAGAGAAAAGCUCCAAGCAUGGAGCGGAGGACAGAACUCAGAAUAUCAUCAUGGCCAUGAAGGACAGGAUGAAGAUCAGGGAGAGAAAUAAACCGGAAAUAUUUGAGCUAAUCAGAGAAGUGUUUGUCAUCCAUAAAAGUACCCACGCACAGCACAUGAAAACCAUCAAGCAGAGUGUCCUGGAUGGAACGUCGAAGUGGUCUGCCAAGAUCACCAUCACAGUUGUUUGUGCACAAGGCCUUCAGGCUAAAGACAAAACAGGAUCCAGUGAUCCAUACGUCACUGUCCAAGUUGGCAAGACAAAGAAAAGAACCAAAACUAUUUACGGAAAUCUGAAUCCGGUCUGGGAUGAAAAAUAUCACUUUGAAUGCCAUAACUCCUCAGACCGCAUCAAAGUGCGUGUGUGGGAUGAAGACGACGACAUCAAAUCGAGAGUGAAACAGCGGCUGAAGAGGGAAUCAGAUGACUUUUUGGGUCAAAGUAUAAUUGAAGUUCGAACACUGAGUGGAGAAAUGGACGUCUGGUACAACCUGGAGAAGAGGACGGACAAGUCUGCCGUGUCAGGAGCCAUUCGCCUCCAAAUUAAUGUGGAAAUCAAAGGAGAGGAGAAGGUGGCGCCGUAUCAUGUGCAGUACACCUGUUUGCAUGAGAAUCUAUUUCACUAUUUGACUGACGUGCACGGAAACGGAGUGGUGAAAAUCCCAGAGUCCCGCGGCGACGACAGCUGGAAGGUCUAUUAUGAAGAUGUGCCGCAAGACAUUGUGGAUGAAUUUGCCAUGCGCUAUGGGAUCGAAUCCAUCUAUCAGGCCAUGACGCAUUUUGCCUGCCUGUCCUCUAAGUACAUGUGUCCUGGAGUUCCUGCGGUGAUGAGCACACUGCUGGCCAACAUCAACGCCUUCUACGCCCACACAACUGCAUCCACCAAUGUGUCUGCCUGCGACCGCUUUGCUGCUUCCAAUUUUGGGAAAGAGCGAUUUGUUAAACUUCUGGACCAAUUACACAACUCACUGCGCAUUGACCUCUCCACAUACAGGAACCACUUUCCAGCCAGCAACAAGGACCGUCUACAGGACUUAAAGUCAACAGUGGAUCUUCUAACCAGCAUCACUUUCUUCAGGAUGAAGGUUCAGGAACUGCAGUCUCCGCCAAGAGCCAGUCAGGUUGUGAAGGAUUGCGUGAAAGCUUGUCUCAACUCCACGUACGACUACAUCUUCAACAACUGCCAUGAGCUUUAUAGCCGACAGUACCAGCUUGUAGAUGCAAACAGAGAAGAGAUUCCUAUGGAGGAGCAAGGUCCGAGCAUAAAGAAUCUUGACUUCUGGCCUAAACUCAUCAUGCUCAUUGUCUCCAUCAUUGAAGAGGACAGGAAUUCCUACACGCCUGUUCUAAACCAGUUUCCUCAGGAACUAAAUGUAGGAAAAGUGUCAGCUGAGGUCAUGUGGACAUUGUUUGCACAGGAUAUGAAGUAUGCCAUGGAGGAGCACGAGAAGCACAGACUGUGUAAAAGCACCGACUACAUGAACCUACACUUCAAAGUCAAGUGGCUUUAUAAUGAAUAUGUCAAGGAGCUGCCAAAUUUUAAGGACGUUGUUCCUGAUUAUCCAUCGUGGUUCCUGCAGUUUGUGCUGCAGUGGCUGGAUGAAAACGAGGACGUGUCAGUGGAAUUCAUGCACGGAGCCUUGGAGAGAGACAAGAAGGAUGGAUUUCAGCAGACCUCCGAGCACGCUCUGUUCUCAUGUUCGGUGGUGGACAUUUUCACCCAGCUCAACCAGAGCUUUGAAAUCAUCAAGAAACUGGAAUGCCCUGACCCAAAUGUCAUGGCUCAGUACAGUCGCCGUUUCUCCAAGACUAUCACCAAAGUCCUUCUGAUGUACAGUACCAUUCUGACCAAGAGUUUUCCAUCCUAUAUUGACAAGGAAAAGAUACCGUGUGUCCUGAUGAAUAAUGUGCAGCAGCUACGGAUUCAACUGGAGAGGAUGUUUGAGUCCAUGGGUGCCAAACAAAUCGCCACAGAGGAAGCAUUGCGUCAUGAGUUGGAGGGAGAGACUGGAGAGGCGGAGGAAGAAGAGGACGAACAGGUGACUGUUCAGGAUGAGAAAGAGUCAAACGAUAGAUUGCUAGCAUGGCAGUUUGAGGAGAGUGAGGAGGAAGAAGAGUUAGGAGAAACAAUCAAGACCACUGAAGACAAGGCGGAUGAAAAGGUAGAUAAGAUGGACGGUGAAGCCAGUGACUUGCUGAAUGAGCUGCAGGUGAAGUUGAACAACACUCUGGAUGAGCUCAGUCGCACAUUUGGAAACAGCUUCCGAACGCGCAUCAAUGAGUGCACGCGACAGAUGGGGUCGCUGCUGUGCCAGAUAAAAGGGCCACUCAACGCUAACAACAAGAACCAGGUGGAGGCUGAUUCUGACAACAUGCUUCGACCGCUCAUGGAUUUUCUGGAUGGGAAGUUGACUCUGUUUGCCACUGUUUGUGAGAGAACAGUCCUGAAGCGAGUGCUGAAGGAGCUGUGGAAGAUUGUGAUGAGCAGCCUGGAGAAGACCAUUGUGCUGCCUCAGGGAAACGAUACAUUCGGAGCACAGAUCCUCUCAGCUGCUAAAGAACUGGGCCAACUCUCCAAACUGAAGGAUCACAUGGUUGGUGAAGUGAAGAGCCUUUCACCAAGGCAAUGUGCUGUCAUGGAUGUAGCCCUGGACACCAUCAAGCAAUAUUUCCAUGCUGGGGGAAGUGGUUUGAAGAAAACCUUCCUGGAGAAGAGCGCUGAGCUGUCAUCUCUUCGUCAUGCUCUUUCCCUGUACACUCAAACGACAGACUUGCUGAUCAAAACCUUUGUGACCUCUCAACAUAACCAAGUGCACAAUGGAAAGGGUAUUAGGUUAACUCCCAAUGAAAAAAUACAGCCCAGCAGGGGGUCUGGUGUGGACAAGCCCAUCGGGGAGGUGUCUAUUCAGAUCGAGCUUUACACUCAUCCUAAAAGUGGAGAACAUAAAGUCACCGUCAAAGUCGUGGGAGCCAGUGACCUGAAGUGGCAGACGUCCGGCAUGUUCCGGCCCUUCGUGGAGACAACCGUGAUUGGGCCUCACCUGGGGGACAAGAAACGGAAAUUCCAGACCAAAUCCAAGAACAAUUGCUGGUCUCCCAAGUUUAAUGAGACCUUCCACUUUGUUCUGGGUAAACAGGAUGGCUUCGAGUGUUACGAGCUGCAAGUCUGUGUCAAAGACUACUGCUUUGGAAGAGCCGACCGAGUGGUGGGUCUGACUGUCAUACAACUGAGAGACAUCAUGGAAAGGGGCAACUGUGCCUGUUGGUGUCCGCUGGGUGAAUCCAUCUUCAUGGAUGACACCGGCCUCACCGCCUUGAGAAUCCUCUCGCAGCGCUCCAAUGACGACGUGGCCAAAGAAUUUGUGCGGCUGAAGUCUGAGACAAGAUCGACUGAGGAGGGAAAGUAGACGCAACAAUCAUGAGGUUGUUGUGUCUGUGACCUCUCAGCAGCUGUUGACUGUUGGGUGGCGCCACCGAAACACAUCAGGUUUCGAAUAAAUGACUUCUCACCAGCUGUUUUACAAGAUACAACCCACGUCCUCUGCCACCACCUCUCCUUCCUCCGGUCUUCAAUGCCAUAAUGGGAGCCAAGACUUCUCAUGUCCUUAUGUAGCGGCCUAGUGGUUUCUGUGCAAUAGCGCCUUGUAGACCCUUUCAGAUGUGGCCAUGUGUGUGAUGCCUUAGCCUUAACUUAACUGUGAAAGAACGCUCUGAUUCUGAGAAGUUACAUUUUCCCACCAGGAAGCAACGUCAAGUGUUGACAUCAUUCUCAUGAAGGUACUGAUGUCCUUUUAUCGAUAACUUCGAUUCAUGUGCCUUUUUGUGUGAGGUGACGACACCACAGCUACAAAAAUCCAGGAUAAAAACAGCGCCACAUACCCCUCUGCGGUCCCCUCAAGCCAUUAAAGCCACUUAACUUAUUUUUUUAAUAAGAUAAUAAUAUAAGAUAUUUAUUGAUUUUAGUGCUUUGCAGAAGCACCGUGAUACACUGUUAACUUGUUUUAGAUGUUUGUCACCGUGGUUGAAGUUUUGCACAGUGUUUUACGAAACAAGUUUUACGUGGUCAUUUCAACAUAGAGUUCUAGGACCAGAAUGUGAUAUAUUUAAGAGUUUAAUAAAGUAUUUCCACCUGUGCUUAUGUGUUUUACACCUCUUAAUAGUGGCCUUCAUUUGUCCAACUAGUAUUCUCCUGAGAUUUCUGUUUUUUUCUUUGAUUUUAAGUGAGUGUUUUUGCCUCUGUUUUAGAAACUGCUGUUCAAUAUGUUUAUGAAUGUUAUAUUACACAGUGCGGAUAACACCAUUUCAAUGUUAUGUCACGCUUGAUGAGCUAUGUAUAUUUUCCUGUGGCGACACAUAACUGUGAUCUAUGAACCACUUUCCUUCACACAUGAACCCGUGUCCAAAAUGUCUUUUGCCAUUCUAUCCCUGUGCCAAGUUCUGUGACUUAUCUUUUUGUAUUCACUGUUUUCUACAUUUCCUCACCUGUUGUGAAGUCACUGUUGGAUUUCAGUUUUGUGUCUGUGUGUUUUGGAUUUUCUAUCUAUAAAUACUGCUGUGCUCCUCUCUGUGAACAUUUUUGGCCAUAAACUUUCCAUC